CCUUGUGACGUAACCCCUCUGCCUUCGUUGAUCCUCGUACCGACCGAGCGUCGCGUCGAACGUGUGCAGGCGCAGUUGAAAAUAAAAGGCUUCUAUAAAUUCCACGAUUCUAAAUUCAAUUUUAAAAAAGGAAUAUAAAGAGUUCGUGAAGUGAAUGUGGUGUUUCAAAUAGUAGUUUGUUCUGGAAAAAUGUUAUCAAGCUCUGUGAAUUAAGUCAAGGAUAACCACUAUCUUAAACGACGAAAAUGACGAGGAAAUUCCUAUUCUGUUUCCCGCUGAGGCUCGGGAACAUCGUUUUUGGUUACAUUGUUAUUAUUUUAAGCCUUGCAGUAGCUGCGUUCCACAUCUACUUACUAAGCCAAAUAAUCACACGAAAGCAUGAAUCUCACCCAGAAUAUGAAAAGCACGAAAACGUAUUUGGCAAAGAGAAUAAAAGUCUCUUCCUAAUCUCUAUUAUAUACUAUUUAUUGUAUAUAAUAGCUGGAUUAUUGUUACUAUUAUUCAGUGUUGUUUUCACGAUCGGAGCACACACGGUAAACAGAUGCUGUGUUACGUCUUUCUUCGUGUACAGUUUUAUUCAUAUUUUCCUAACAAUUCCACUCAUGAUCUGGGAGGCGCUUACUGCAGGAUGGAUACAACUUGGCCUCUUAGCUUUAUCGGAUGUGCUCCUGAUUAUUUGUUUGUUCAGUGUAAAGUAUUUGAUGGAAGCAAUAAGGACGGGAAAAAUAUACAGUCGUCCGGGAUCGGUGCUAUAUAAAUACUGAGGGAAAAUUUGACUCAUCUUUUUUUUAGCUUUAAUUUAUUUGUAACAAUCAUUUACAAAUGUUUAUUAUCAACCGAAAUUUAUUAAGAGAAAUAUAUGAUACAUUGCCAUUUUUUGUUAAAAAUGACUAUACGUAACUAUAAAACGAUGAAACAUUUAAAUUAUUACUUCAGCAUGUAUAUGAGGGGCUUUUAAAAUAACGAUUUUAUAAAUUCCUUACGACGAUCCUCAUAACAUUUUUUCUUACUUUUCAUUUACUAACAUAUUUAUUAUUUAUUUAUCUUUUAAUAAUGUAAGUAGUAUAUUCAGAAUUAAGUUUAUUAUAUGUUCAAGCUGGAAACACUCGAAACACAGAAUACUAUUAGAUAUCAAACAAUAUUUUGUUUUGUGUCAAUACAAAUUACUACUAAUAUUAAUUACAGCAAUGGUUUUCAAUUACAUUAUGUUAUUACUGAAUGUUGCUACUUUCCUUUGUAAUUAUAAUAGAAAUAUGUUUAACGGUAAUCAUUAAAGUUUUCUGCGAAUA